AUGGCUGUAUCUGCAUCUAGCACUUCUGUGUUGCUUGCAGUUGGGGUGUGGCUCCAACAAAUGGGAUGCUCAUCUCCACAGUCCAUUCAACUGGUUGAAAAUAUUAUCAGAGACCACUUUUAUUUGAAUACAACAAACCAGAACGCUCUAAAAUCUUUAGCUAACACUGCACCUCAAUUUGUAUCAAACUUUAUCACAGCAGUCACUGAGCUAUUUAUGCAGGAUACCCAAAGCCCUGUAAAAUUACCACCUAAGAAUCUUCUCGAAGUCAUAACAUCCUGGGUGUACUCAACUCCAACAUUGUCUAUGUCAGCGCAGUUAAAUGCAGCAGCACUACCAAGUGGUGCAAUCCCAAUGGCUGCUGUAUCCCCCCUAGCCGGAAUAGUUCGGUGGUGUGCCCUUUCACCCCUGUACAUUGAUGAUGAUGCAGAGAUGAUAGAAAUUCCAGCAAAGAAAAUAAAAAUUGAAGGCGAAAGGUGCACAUUGAAAGCAACCACCAGACCGCAAACAGAGUCAGAGCUGUACAUACAACUACAACUAGGGCUACUGCAGAGCAUGCGCGCUUGGCGGCGGCGGGGUCCGCCGGCAGCGAUAAGUGCGCAGCGCCUUACGGCUCUCAUUCCUCCAGUAAAGACGUAUGCCCAGCGGCUCAUUGACAGAGGAUGCAAAUUUAACACUGAUCAGAAAUUACAGGACUGCCUUGAUCGCAUAGGCCAGGCAGUGCAAGUUGCUUUAGCAAAUGGCUGUGUUUAUGGCAAUAUAAGCAGUCUUUUGGCAUCAUUGGACACAUUACCAGAAAACCGGCUACUGAAGAUAGUUAUAAAAGCACACCAACAAGCGAUA